AUGAGCAGCUACAAGGGCUACCUCGACGGCAUGUACCAGCCUCGCCCCGAGCCUCGCCCCAAGCCUCGCUCCGGCAAGGGCACCGCCUUCAAAGUGGCUGCUGCGUUCGGAGUCCUGGCCCUCGUCGGUAUCGCAGGCGUCGCUAUUGCAUCUGGCUGCGGCUAUUCCCUUCGUCACCAGGAGAUCGUCAGCUUUGCACCCGUCGAAGCAGCCCAGCCCCAAGAGCAACUCUCCGCCGUUCUCCGUCGUGAGAAUGCGGAAGAGUCCAUCCCUGGCCUCCAGCCGUAUGACUACUCUGUCCCCGUCGACACCGUCGUCAGCGGCUCUGUUGUUUCCGGCGGCGCUGCUGCUCAUGCCACCGGCGAGGAUUCUUCCAUUGCCGACAGCUAUCCCAUCACGACCCCGAACACGCCUUACACCAGCCUCAUGGAGCCCAACACCACGCAGACGUCCACCACAACCCUGACCACUACCGUUGUAAUUAUCCCCAGUCAGACGUACACCUGCACAUCCAAGCCCGAGGAGACUGAGACUGUUCUUGUCACUGUCACCGUCGUUCCCGAGCUGUCGCAGAGCCCUACCUAUGGCACCCCGGCCGGCGAUGCCACCGUCACUGGUGACCCCGCCACCGUCACGGACGUACAGACGGACGUCUCCUACACCAGCGGCGCCCCUGACGCCACCGUCUCUGGCACACCUUCUACCGUCACCGAUGUGCAAACGGACACGCAGUUCACCAGCGGCGCCCCCGAUGCCACCGUCUCGGGCGAGCCUACUACCAUCACCAGCGUCAUCACCAACACGGCCGGCGAGCCCAUGACGACCUUGACCUUUACCAGCAUCAACACCGUCUAUGUCACCGUGGCGACCGUUACACGCACUCGGAGCAGCAGCGUCGACUUUGACUCGUCCGUUCUGGGCCUGCCGCAUUCCACCACCUCGGGCAACUCGUCGUCCAGCGCCGCCAUCACGACGCACACUGAGACGGUCACCGUCACCGGUGGCACGCCGGUGACCAAAACCACGACCAUUGAGCUGCCGGCGUAUGGAGGUGGCUAUCCGACCACCUAUGGAACCGGCCUGACCAUCAAUGCCACCACCCUGCCGACCUAUAUCCCCCCUGUGGUGUCUGCGGGCGCCGAGGGUCGUGGUCACUCCAUGGUGUGCCUCGUCAGCGUCGCUAUGGUUGCCAUGUGGCUCUUCUAA